CUUCGCUAUGAAUAGCAGCUACGCACUUAAUAGAGAAUAAAAAUCAUUAACCCGCUGAACGGUUACGGACAACACACUGCAUGGCAACGUCUCACCACCGGUCAGACCCACAGACUUAAUAACAUUAAAACAAUCGAUAUACGUCUUUACGUGCAAAAGCAAACGUUUACGAAGAUUGAGGAGUUCAUCGAAUAAUGGUGCUAUCUUCUAUCGCCAAACCUGUGGAGUUGUUACCAUUGUAAAACACGGACUGGAGCUUAUGGGUGUUGCUGUUGCUACCAUAGUUCAUUGAGCUUCACAAGGUUGUUUUUUACUCAAGUUCCAUGAAAAUCGAAGUGGUGACUAGUAAGUGAAACAUUUGUAUAAUGUAUAGUGCCAAUAUGACGUUCACGUGUUGACAUAAGACUUUCACAUUCAACAAGUUUCCGUUCGCGAUUUUGGUCAUGCGACGGUAACGACACCAUUUUGGAGAAUAAGAUCACACUUUUUACAUCAGUUAACGGGAUUAAGUUUUGAGGCUUUCUUGUUGCAUAGUGCGGCUUGUUUAUCCUUUCUUCCAUUGAAGACAACUCGGAUCAUCUUCGCCUGGACGCUUCACUGUGCCGUGUGGUGAAUACAAGGUUCUACAAUCGGAUCAUCCCUUUUGGGAUUUAAUGAGAUAUAUCUCGCAAGUAACAGACCCAUCUGAAGCAAGUGUUGCGGCUAGACAUCUUUAUUAUACAUUGGUGAUGAGGUUGUCUAUAAACGUAUAACUUCAAAGUUCGCCAACUUUAGUGAGAAAGGGAUUAACAGUUUGCUGAAACUGCUCCAAACCAUAUUAUUCAAGACUUUCUCCUGAAGUUUGAGAAAAGGUCAAGAACCUAAGAUCGUAUGUGAGCAAGGACUCUUACUUAGCUUAGUAGCAACGAUUUCAAAGGAAUGAGAAGAUGACUAUGUAAGACAAGGACAGCAAUAGGAUAAACAGUAAUCAUGGGAUCAGGUUCUUCCAAGAAGAAACAGGAGACAGCAAGGAAGGUUACCAACGCGGUCAAUGUAGCCAAUGCUUUUCAGGAUGCGGGGAAACGGUCAGAAGAGAAGAGGUCUCUUCAGACUGCUGGAGACAGACAAGACGAAGAAAAAGGAGUAAACAAUGGAGAGGUUGUUCAUCAAGAAAUUUCAAAUGAAAAAGAAAAGCAACCACUUGAGCAGAACGGUGAUGCGAGUCACGUGGUGGUACCCGACCCACCAAUAGAAAACGGAGUAAAUGAUGACGAUGCUAAUGCUGAUGAGCUGAUGCUAAGCCAUGCAUCGGUUAAAAUACAGAGUGUGUUUCGUGGCUACCAAGAGAGAGCCCUAAGAAGAAAAGAGACUGAAAUGGCGAUUAAAAUACAACGGAUUUACCGACGUCACUCGUCUCAAAAGAAGGAGGUCACAGAAGCCGCUGUAAUGGAAACGAUAGCCGAGGUAACCCCUGUACCCGAAGAAGCACCGGCAAUAGAAGGGCCAGCACAAGAUAAUUGCGAGCCUGAUCCGUGUAAGGCCACCAAGGAAUGGCUCGAAAAAACACCAACUAAGACUAACGUUAAAAAACAGAUUGUUGGAGUUGGGCAACAGACCAAGGAGGAUUUCAUUGCAUUCCAAGACGAAAUCACGGAAUUGAAAUGGUACGCUGAACAACAGUUAGAGAAAGCUAUUUGUGGAAGUGAAUUCGUUGGGCCCAGAAUUGUGUUGGUUUCGUCAAAGGUGCCGAAAGGUGAUUUGUUGACGAAGGUCGUGAAAGACAAUGUUCUUAUAUUUCACUAUGAUUUCAACAAGGAUACGUUUGAUAAUUUGCUAGAAAAUAUUCAAGUUAAUCUCGAGGCUUUCAAACCGGGGAGUAAAGCUAGAUCGAUCUGCAUUUAUUGCCAGGGAGGUCCUGGCUUCCUGUACAUUCGAAGAGGAAAAGUCGUUACUGUCGCAAAGUUGAAGAAAGAAAGAGAACAGGAUCAAGUCAGGUUCUUCAAGGAAAUGGGCAAGCUCAUGUCAAAGAGAGAACCUGCAAAGUCUUUCAUACACGUGAUGGGGUGUAACAUGCUUGGAAACGAGAAAGGGGAACAGCUCUUUACUCAUCUUCAAGGAAUCAUGAAACCAAAUAUUGUUCGAUUUGAGGCACCCCUCGAACUAUCGCCUGCAGGUGUGGAAAUGAUUGAAACAUACUUCGACUUUGAGAAAUAUAAGACAUGGCGAUCGAACAAGCACCUGAAAUUAGACUUGGACUUAUAAGCAAUUCGACCGCAACGAAAGUCCUCCAUCUGCUGCACAUUUUAUGAAGUACCUCCAUUUUGAACGACCUGUGAUGUAUGUAAUGGUUUAUAACAAAACGAUUUUACACGGAUCGCAUUUUUUUUCUUCUGUACAUUAAAUUGCCACUGUCCAAGUGCUUUUCAAUGGGAGAAUUUCGUUUUCUGAAUCGAUUAAUAAAAAAGGGAAUCCUUAUAACAAAAAUCAGAAAAACUUUUUAAGGAUGGCAAGUCAAAAAGUGCAGCAAAAAUUGCGCAUGGAUCCGCCAUGUUCGUGUAGAGAGCCUUGACUUCGUACGUUGUAUCGUAUUGAUGUACAGUAUCUGUCUGGGAUGAAAGUGACAUAACUUUUGUUGGCAUCUUAAAGGCAACCAACAGCAGUGUAUGCUAUUUAGAACACUUUGGUUGUACACGAGUUAUUUUUCAGUGCUAUAGGAUCACGUCGAAUUGUGUACAUUUUUACAUAGCAUUUUUAAUUUGCAAUGCGAGUCGUUUUCUGUAAAUAUUGUCAGAAUGUAUAUAAUUUAUGUUGAGAUUUUGUAUAUUUAGUUAAUACAAUCCAUUUGUGCAAAGUUUUUGGACCAAAUAAGACCAAAUCUGUAUGAACUAAAGAUCUGUUUUGUAUGCUCGCUGUGGCUGUGAAAAGUUGUAGAAACGAAAUAAUUAUUAAUGCUGAAUGAAUUUACAACUUAAAUGCGAGGGAUUUAAAAGUUUAUCAAAAGGAUUGUGUUGUGAUUAGAAACUGGAUCCAUAUAUUUGAAAAUAAAUCCCAAGCAUUUUAAAAAUCAAAUCUCAAAGAUUUAAUUUUAAAUGUAAUAAUGAAUUGAUUCCUUAUUAAAAUCGAUUGGGUUAACUUUUCAACCCCUUCAAAUUUACGUACUUUUACGAUUGUCAACAAAACAUAAACAAUAAACAUUGUUUGAAACGUUAGUGCUAUAUACCAUUUGGUGUGACAUAUCUUUGAAACUUUGACAAGAGUCAGAUUUCUUUCUCUAAACUAAAAAACAUCAACAACCUGAGACCACAAAUUCUUCAAGAACAUGAUCAGUUUAUUGUUGUUCAUUCCAAUAGUUGAGCACAAAUUAAUCAACUCUGAUGGUAGAGAUAAGUUAUAAUAGAUGACAGACAUGCAACUUUCUAAUUGAAAAAAACAA